UGUUAUUAAUACGUUUGGUCUCUUGUGUCUUGACGCAAGUUGUUUUCCCUUUCUAUUUUUUUCGUUUGAGGAUUUGGACUGCAAGCAAGAUGUUCUACACAAUACAACUCACCUGGGACCAAUUGUUCUCAUUGUAUGUAGAUCUGUGGGACCCUAAACAUGCUCCAGCCACUGAGGAUUCUCUUCAGACCCAAGUGGAUGGUCUCACGGUCCUCCGCCAGCUAUGUGUCCAGGAUGAGGCACUUGAAUAAGAUAAAGGAGGAGGAUGAGGCGUGUCGAGCAGCAUUGCAGUCUGGGAAUAUUUUCCUCUAUCACAAACUGGCUCCUCUACUGCGGCGGACUGACAGUGGAAUAUACCAGCUCCCAGCGCUCCAGACCAAAGAUGUAGAAGAAAUUCUGGAAAAGCUUGGAGAGGACAAGGAGAUGGUGAAGGAAUCCAUUCUCAUCAACUGCACUGAACAGAACGAAGCACAGUUCUCCUUUGAUGUUGGGGCGAUUGAGCAGGCUGCUGUGGAGGAGCUGUGUAGAGGAACCUUCGUAGACCUGAGGAAAGCCUUCUUCCUACUGAGAGGGUCUGAGGCACCGCUUGUAGCCAGAGGGCAAGCUCUCCUUCGCUGGCACCAGACCAAUGGCUUCUGCAGCUCCACUGGGCAGCCCACCCAAAGGAACCAGUCUGGCAGUCAGCGUGUGUGUCACAGCAGUGGGAUCACUUAUUACCCUAAGAUGUCUCCGGUGGUGAUCGUACUGGUGUCUGAUGGGAAACGGUGUUUGCUGGGGAGGCAGUCCACCUUUCCACGGGGGAUGUACAGUGCACUGGCAGGCUUCUGUGACAUUGGUGAGACCAUGGAGGAGGCACUCCGCAGGGAGAUAGCUGAGGAGGUGGGGCUGGAGGUAGAGUCUAUCCAGUACUCAGGCUCUCAGCACUGGCCCUUCCCACAGAGCUCCUUCAUGGUGGCCUGUCACGCCACCGUCAACCCAGACAAGACACACGUCAGUGUGGAUAAGGUGGAGUUAGAGGAUGCACGGUGGUUCAGCCUAGAUGAAGUCCAAGAGGCGCUGACGAUCAAGGCACCACCCCGGAACAACAAAGGAGAGCCUACUGUGUUCUGGGUCCCACCAAGCUACGCCAUAGCUAACCGGUUGAUCCAGGAAUGGGCCAAUCAACAACACCUCAAAUCAUAGCAAGAUGGGUGGACAACAGAGAGCAUCAAAGCUGCAAAUACACCACACAGAUGAUUUUAGAAGACCAGGCAGGAACACUGUACUGUUUAAGUGCUUGGUAACACACACAGAUGGGAAUGAAACAUACAGGUCAAGAACAGACAUGGGGGGAACUGACAGGAAAUACAUCUCACUUGAGGAAAAAAAGUGUUUGACCAGGACAUUGUGUUUCAAGAGAUACUGUAUUACCAUCAAAGGGCUUGGCUUAUAGCUAACCUUUUUUAUUCUUAUUAUAUAUAUAUAUACACACACUAUGUAAAGGACAUUUUUGCAUACAUUUUUGUGUGAUCACUAGGCCUUUAUGAAGUUUAAACUGAUUUUGUUUAAAUAAUGUAACUACCUCCACAGUAUUGCAAUGAUUCUCAAAAUGAUUUACAAAGUGAAUGGUUGUAAUAAGUGUAUCAGCCCUGUAAUAAUAUCAUACUUAUAUGUACAGACUAAAUUAAUAAAACCUAAACUGAUGUUUUUUUUAAGCCUGAUUGGUGUAUGUACAGAAACUAACUGAAUAAAACCAUAAAGCCUAAA